GAGGGGGCCCGCGCCGCGCCGGGCGCCGCCGCCCUGGCCGCCAUGUGCUCCCAGCUCUGGUUCCUGACGGACCGGCGCAUCCGCGAGGACUACCCGCAGGUGCAGAUCCUGCGCGCUCUCCGUCAGCGCUGCUCCGAACAGGACGUGCGCUUCCGGGCGGUGCUCAUGGACCAGAUCGCCGUCACCAUCGUCGGCGGCCACCUCGGUCUUCAGCUGAACCAGAAGGCACUUACCACUUUCCCAGACGUGGUGCUCGUGCGGGUGCCCACACCCUCAGUGCAGUCAGACAGCGACAUCACCGUCCUGCGCCACCUGGAGAAGCUGGGCUGCCGCCUGGUCAACCGCCCACAGAGCAUUUUAAACUGUGUCAACAAGUUCUGGACUUUCCAAGAGCUGGCUGGACAUGGGGUUCCUAUGCCGGACACCUUCUCCUAUGGUGGGCAUGAUGACUUUUCCAAAAUGAUCGAUGAGGCUGAGCCCCUGGGCUACCCGGUCGUGGUGAAGAGCACACGAGGACACCGGGGAAAAGCAGUUUUUCUUGCAAGAGAUAAACAUCACCUCUCAGACAUCUGCCAUCUGAUCCGCCAUGAUGUGCCCUACCUGUUCCAGAAGUAUGUGAAGGAGUCACAUGGCAAAGACAUCCGGGUGGUGGUGGUCGGGGGCCGGGUGAUAGGCUCUAUGCUCCGCUGCUCCACAGACGGACGGAUGCAAAGCAACUGCUCUCUCGGUGGUGUGGGUGUCAUGUGCCCGCUGACAGAACAAGGCAAGCAGUUGGCUAUUCAGGUGUCCAACAUCCUGGGCAUGGACUUCUGUGGCAUUGAUCUCCUCAUCAUGGACGAUGGCUCCUUUGUGGUGUGUGAGGCAAACGCCAACGUCGGCUUCUUAGCCUUCGACCAGGCAUGCAAUUUAGAUGUGGGUGGCAUCAUCGCGGACUACACCAUGUCCUUGCUGCCCAAUAGGCAGACUGGCAAGAUGGCUGUCCUCCCGGGACUGUCCAGUCCCAGGGAGAAGAAAGAGCCAGAUGGCUGCACUUCAGCUCAGGGAGUUGCAGAGAGCGUCUACGCCAUCAACAAUGGGUCUACCUCUAGUGAGAGUGAGCCUGAACUGGGAGAGAUCCGGGAUUCCUCAGUGAGCACAGCCGGGGCCCCGCCCCCCAUGCUGCCUGAACCUGGCUACAACAUUAACAACAGGAUUGCUUCAGAAUUAAAACUUAAGUGAAUUCCUGCUUUUUGGGCAGCAUUUAAACCAAAUCCUACUGCUUCCCUAUAGUUUUGAGUGAAUAAAAUCUGGACUAAUGUGAUUUCAUUUGCACAGAAACUAGAAAUCCCAUCUGGGCACUCAGCAUUCUUUCUAACGAUGAUUUAAGCAAACGGCUUAGCUUUGUGGUUUUUACAAAGACUAACCUAAAGACACUCACCACGAGCAACAUCCCGACUGAUCAACUUGAGACCGAUGUCUGCUGCGAGCACUUGGAUAUACGGCUGACUUUUAAGGCGCUGACUCUGUCCUGCUGCUUCUGGCUGUGAUCAGCAGAGCCCAUUAACUCAGAACGGCCCCUGGAAAUACUGUACUCAGAAGCCCCACUGGACGGAGGCGGGUGCAGAAGAGACCGAAUGUGACUGCGGUUAUGUGCUCUUCGUUAAGUGUGUGUGUGAUGUGUGGAGAAUACACGGUCCAAACGCUAUGAGAGGAUCGAUCUCUGCUCCCCGUCAAUCACCAUCUUGGCCAUAUUUCUCUGACACUCAGGAUAUGGUGUUUUAGGGAGCUUCCUCAUUAGCAGUGAAGCACUUUGUAGAAAGUUCGAGAUUGAACGUUCUUUGACUUCACUGGUUGGCAGAUAAUCCUGCUGCGUAACUGGGGCUUUCUACAAAUUGCUUUGCCGCUCCGAAUUUAUAGACCCUGCUUCAACUAAUGCCAGCCCCAGCAGCCUCUUGCACCUUUGCUGCCUUUGGCCUCAGCUGGAAAUGCACUUCAACGAGCUAGUGGCCACACACUUUAUUUCUUAUGCGUGCACUAGAAUUGAACACCAUGAACUUUCUUGUCAAUGGACUCUGUUCAUUUGUCAUCCUGAAGCCGGUGGGUUUUUAUCAUAGAAGCUACUGGAAGAUAAUCAUUUUCCCUCUUCUCUCCUAAAACUUUGUGUACUGCUUAGCUGUAGGAGGUUUUCUUGUACGUGUUGGUGUUGUGGGCCUGUUGGGUAGAUUGAGCCAUUGGAAACACACUCUAAUCCCCUUGACCUUCUAGUCCUAUCCAGGUUUCAGAGACCUGUCCUUACCCACUUUUCCACACUGGGGAGACUCAGGUAUUAGGAAUUGCCCAUUGCACAUUUUGGGGGAGGAUGGUGUUGGAUAAUGUAGACGUGACACCAAGUGCUUUUCAUUUUCACUCUUUAAGCAGUAGAUGCUGAUCCUUCCCGUGGGAGAAAUCAUGGAGAUAGAGUUUUCCAUUUCUGCUCAUAUGAAGUAUGAUGAGAAUGAGCAAGGCUCCCUCUUUAACCAAAUACACUAAAACGUAAGCCCUCAAGAGU